GUGGUUGUGGUGGUGGUGAAGGUGGAGGAGGUGGAGGAGGAAGAGGAAAAAGAAGAAGAGAAAGGAUUUGUUAGGGAAAUAUAGUGAGAAAGCUAUAGACGCUAUGGUGGUGGAGUGGUUGUGUCCUGGACUAAGGCCCACCGGAAGCCGUAGGCCCCGGCUCCUCCAUUGCAAAGUGAUCCUUCUCGACGAGCAUGAAUUAUUACAGGACGUAUUGAGUUCCAAUCUCGGCCAGGAAUUGUUGGAUAGAGUAUUCAGGCAUUUGAAUCUCUUAGAAACUGCUUACUUCGGUCUGCGUUAUUUGGAUCAUGAAAAUCAAACGCAAUGGCUAGAUCCCAGUAAAAAAAUUGGCAAACAACUCAAAGUCCAAAAAGGGGAUCCUACCUCGGAUGUUCAUACUCUUUACUUCGGUGUGAAAUUUUAUGCUGCUGAUCCAUGCAAACUCAUCGAAGAGAUUACAAGGUAUCAAUUCUUUCUGCAAGUGAAACAGGACAUUCUCCAGGGAAGAUUACCCGUAUCCUUCGAUCUGGCAGCCGAAUUAGGGGCAUACGUCGUACAAUCGGAAUUGGGUGAUUACGAUCCAAGAAGGCAUUCCUUAGGCUACGUUACAGAAUUUCGAUUCCUUGCGAAUCAAACGGCCGAGUUGGAGAAUCGUAUAGUUGAACUUCACAAGACACUCGUAGGACAAUUGCCGGCAGCUGCAGAACUGAAUUAUCUCGAUAAAGUAAAGUGGCUCGAGAUGUACGGAGUUGACUUGCAUCCAGUAUUGGGUGAGGAUAGCGUUGAGUAUUUUCUGGGCCUGACGCCAAGCGGUAUAAUACUCUUGCGCAACAAGACCAAAGUGGGCAAUUACUACUGGCCCAGAAUCAAUAAAAUCUACUACAAAGGUAGAUAUUUUAUGUUGAGGGUCAGCGAAAAGAAUUCCGAAGAGAGGACCCAUGGUUUUAAGACACCAUCUAAAGGAGCUUGUCGACAUCUAUGGAAAUGUUGUUUAGAACAUCAAGCAUUCUUUCGACUAAUGGCAACUGGUCCACCACCACUUAGUCCAUAUUCACGUUUUCGUUCGUACAGUCCACCAAGUGGUACUGAAAAACAUGCUACUUCGAUAAGAAGAAAUCCACCACCUGCCUUUCAAAGGACACCUAGUCGAAGAGCACAAAGACGAGUAGUUGAGGGACAAGAAAUGGUUGGUCCAUUUGUCGAAGGCCCAACGACAAUUGGUCCUAAUCCAUGUAACAAUCAAGUUAAUGCUAACGUACUGUGCAAUGCUCAAAAUACGAGACAAGUUAAUAGUAGCUCAAGUCCAAGGAGUAUUAGAAGUGCUCCUUGGACUCAGAGUCAACCUCGUGGGCUUUACACGUCGUCUAGUCCUCGGUCGGUUCGUUCAGCAGGAACUGCACCGGCGCUCUUGAGCAGACUCCAACGUAGGAGCAGCUCCGUUGAGAGCCAAAGUUCUGGGGACAGUCAUAGUCGUGGUGGUCAUCGUAGAAGAAGUCAUAGUCAUAGCCAUCGGAGACAUAGUAGACAUUCCGAUUGUGAAUCAGAACUUUCCAGAGGAUCGGAUACGCGAUCAGGACAUCGAAAACAUCGUAGAAAGCAUAGAAGUUCACGUUCUUCUAGACACGAGUUGGUAGAUUCCGAACCUCAAUGGAGGGAAGCGCAAAGGCGUAAAGGUGAAGGCGUACAAAGAGCCAUCGUGAGCCAUACAGAGCCUAGAAGAAGGCAUAGAAGUAGACAUCGGAGUCCUUCUCAGAAGCAACCAUUACCGGAUGAGCUUAGAAAAUGCACAUUUUCCAGACAUUUGGAGUUUGGCCUAGUCGAUACCACUGGAAUGAGCGAACAGCAACGUCGAGAGAUUCCUUAUACGGUGGUACAAUCGCAAUCUGUACAGCAAUGUCCCCUACAAUCUAGCAAUUCUCGUUUGGACGAUGCAGAAACGUCGUCCCUACCUAGAACAAUCGGAUCGCUCGGGAAAAGAGACAGAAGAGUGAUUCAACAUAUUCGCGAUGGAAGUUAUAAUUUCCCUACAACAAGAUCCAGUCAAAUUGAGACAAAGUAUCCGGACGCUAUAAGGAACGAUUAUAAUACAAGGAGGGACUUUUAUUAUACCCGUAACAACAGAAUAUUAAUAGGCAGUAAUGUGGACAGUGGGCUCGGGGAAAGUACACCACAGGAGUUUUCAAGUUGCUGCUCAAGCUCUGCCGACAGCACUAAGCCCACUCGUGUAACGCAAUUGCAAUUAGGGGGAGAGGUGCACUACGAACUAUCUUCGAAUCAAGACAUCUACCCUCCUGUUGACACUACUCUGGAUGCUGUUCUUCAGCCAAUUAUAUCAACCUUGACAAGGAGGCAAAGGAGCCACCAGAAAUGAGCAUGAAGCUUUAAUUAAAAUUCUCAAGCCGAAGUUUAUGCACAUAUUGUAUAUUUAA